AUGGCCGCGCGGGCCGGCGGUUGCGUCUCGCUGCGCGCCCCGCCUCAGGCUGGCUGCCGUGGCCUUCGCCGCGCUUGGGCCGCCACCGUGGGCGGCGCCGGCGCCCUCAUCGACCGGCUGGGCAGGCAGCGGAGGUGGCGGCAGGCGCUCGCUCGGCUCGGGGGCAUGCCGCGGCUGCGCCUCGCGCCAAGCGCGACGACGUGCGCCGCCGCGGUGGGCGCGUGCAUGCGGGGGCACUGCUGGGAGGGCGCUGUCGCCUGCGUGCGGGCGGCCUGUGGGAGGGGCCUGAGGGUGGACGCGGCCGACCUGGUGUCCUACAACUCGGCCCUCUCCGCCUGCGAGCGGGCGGGGAGGUGGGCCGUGUGCCUGCAGCUGCUCCGCGAGGCGCGCGGCGUCCGCCUGCGGCCCGACGCGGCGAGCUUCGUCACCGCCGCCCGCGCGUGCGAGGCGGGCCGCUGGUGGUCCACCUCGCUGGCGCUGCUGCGCGAGGCCGCCGCCAACCAGGCGGUGCUCAACGCGGCCAUCGCCGCGUGCGGCGCGGUGGGGCGCUGGAGGCUGGCGCUGGCCGUGCUGGAGGAGAUGUCGGCGGGGGCCUCCCUGGACGCCGACCUGGUCAGCUACGGCGCGGCGAUCAGCGCCGGGGAGAAGGCGCAGCAGUGGGCGGCGGCCCUCUCCCUGCUGCGCACCCUGCGGGCCUCGCGCCGCCUCCCCGACGUGGUGGCCCUGUCCGCGGCGGCCAGCGCGUGCGAGAAGGGCGGCCGCUGGGAGCACGCCGUGGAGCUGCUGCGCCAGGCGCGGGCGCUGGCGCUGCGGCCCAACGCCGUGGCCCUCACGGCGGCCGCGAGCGCGUGCGGCGCCGUGCACCGCUGGCAGGGCGCGGUGCACCUGGCGGGCGCGAUGCUGCGCUCGGAGCUCAGCCCCGACCAGGUCGUUUUCCAGGCGGUGAGCGGGGCGUGCUGGGCCGCCGGCCACGCGGCGCGCGCGGCGCGGCUGCUCCGCGGCGCCGGGCGCGCGGCGCCCGCCGACGGCCCCGGCGGCGGCGCCCUCCAGGCGGCUCUGCUGGCCGAGCCGCUGCGGGAGCCCGCCCGGCACCUGCGGGCGCUGGCGCUGGCCACGGCGGAGCGAGGGCUGCGGGAGAGCCUCGCAGAGGCGGACCCCACGUUGAAGGCAUGGUCCGAGCGGCUGCCGGGCCUGGUCGCGAAGGCGCGCGCAGAGUGCGGAUUGCCUUUCGCGCGGGUGCGCGUCGUGCCGCAGCACGAGUCCGCGGACCCCGCGCUCGCGGCGCGCCUGCGCGGCGGCGGGCCCGCAGGUGGCGCGCCCGGCGGGCGCCAGGAGCUGCCCUAAGCACCGCCCCCGCGCGGCGGGCUGGGCGUGAGGGCUCCCUGCCUCGGCGGAGCGGGGGUGCCGCUCCGGGAGGCGCCCGAA